GCUAACGUCAGCAGGUGGUUCAUGGCGUCUGGUUGUGUUGCGUCCUAUUACCGUGUGUUUUGAUGUGUUUACGGGUAGUUGAUAAUCGUCGGACGUAUUCUUAAAUGCCACGACGUGCUCGUAAUUUAUUUAAUCCACGGUGUAGCUUCAUAGAAGGGACGAUGUGUCAUAUUUGUAGUUGCCUAGCGUUAGGCCUAUCCUAUAACAACUGUUCAGCAGUUUAGCUUGUGUGUUUGAGAGCAUCAGAUAUUUAUUGAACGUACUCAUUCAGCUCGUGUAUGCAUUUGGGGCGUACGCAUGAAUCGGGCAAUCACGAUGCCUGCUAAAGUCUCGAGAAAGGUUGCCACUAUGAUCAUCAGAAGUCGGAAGUCAAUAAUGAAGGACGGUUUCAUUACGUCCGGGUUUGGUGAGCCGAGCGUUUAUCACGCCGUGGUUGUCAUCUUCCUGGAAUUCUUCUCAUGGGGCCUCCUUACGACUCCGAUGAUCACAGUCCUUAACGAGACGUUUCCAAACCACACCUUUUUGAUGAAUGGCUUAAUUAUGGGCAUUAAGGGGUUCCUGUCAUUCCUGAGCGCGCCCCUGGUGGGAGCACUGUCCGACGUGUGGGGACGCAAGCUCUUUCUUCUAGUAACUGUUUUCUUCACGUGUGUUCCAAUUCCACUGAUGAAGAUCAAUACCUGGUGGUACUUUGCCAUGAUCUCAAUGUCAGGGGUGUUUGCGGUGACGUUCUCCGUGGUGUUCGCCUACGUGGCGGAUGUGACGGACGAAGCGGACCGCAGCGCGGCCUAUGGGCUGGUGUCCGCCACGUUUGCAGCUAGUCUGGUGACCAGUCCCGCCCUGGGAGCCUACCUGGGCAGGAUGUAUUCAGACACCCUAGUCGUUGCACUGGCCUCGGCCAUUGCGCUGCUCGAUGUACUCUUCAUCCUCGUGGCUGUUCCGGAGUCACUGCCAGAGAAACUACGCCCUGCGGCGUGGUCCUCUCCUAUUUCGUGGGAGCAGGCUGACCCCUUUUCUGCCCUUCGAAAGGUUGGGAAGAAUCCCAUGAUCCUGAUGCUGUGCAUGGCUGUGUUCCUCUCCUACCUGCCUGAGGCCGGCCAGUAUUCCAGCUUCUUUGUCUACCUACGCCUGGUGAUGGGUUUUUCGGCGGAGGAAGUGGCCCUCUUCAUCGCUGUCGUUGGGUUACUGUCUGUGAUAGCUCAGACGAUGGUGCUGACAUUGUUGAUGAAGACCCUGGGCAGCAAGCAUACCAUCAUGGUCGGCCUCUUUUUCGAGAUGCUGCAGCUGAUGUGGUACGGCUUCGGGUCCCAGCGAUGGAUGAUGUGGUCCGCGGGCGGACUGGCAGCUGUCGCGAGCAUUUCGUACCCGGCCAUCAGCUCUUUUGUGUCGACACAUGCGGAGCCCGACAAGCAAGGCCUGGUGCAGGGAAUGAUCACAGGCAUGCGAGGUCUCUGCAACGGCUUGGGUCCUGCAGUCUUUGGCUUCAUCUUCUACCUCUUCCACGUGGACCUCAACGAGAACCCACCUCCCAACGGUCCACCUCCGCCCUCCGUUGCAGCGAAUGGUUCCCUCGUGCCCGACAACAUGCGGUUGGUCCCGGGCCCGCCAUUUGUGUUCGGGGCACUGAUGGUGAUGCUGGCUCUGCUGGUUGCCGCAUUCAUUCCCGACAGCCCUCCUCCCGGUUCCUCAUCUUCAUCUUCCACCUCGUCUUCGUCCACGUGCGCGUCCGCCGCCUCGACGUCGAGGGGAGCUCGCCACUUCGUCCGCAGCGGGGGAUCGGGACAGCUGCCCGGGAGCUCCUCCAUGGAGUUGUUCCACCACGACGUAGUGCACAAGCGCGACGGGGGAACCCUGCCCCUGAUGCAGGACACGGACCCUUUAUAGCAGCUGUCGACCGUUUUUUAAAUGCUGGCAAGACGUGGGACUCUUUCUUGAGACGUACUGUGCCGCACGUGAAUUGUGGAGGAGUAACGGGGUGUACCCAAAUGAUGUACCACACACACUUCGAGCGUUAGGAAACGACGGAAUAUGCUAGUUGGGUGUUGCGUUCGGAACACGUGAGGUGUGCUGCAAGCAUACUGUACUGGAGUACCCAAGCAUACUGUAAGAGUACCCAGGUGUACCGAGAGACCAAGUACCAAGGCAGUACCCCAGAGUACCUGUGAAGGCAGAAUAGUUUGACGUGCUGACCUCUGUACCUUCCUGUAUCUUCUGUUUGAAUCUGGGGGUGUUAUUUCCUACUGAAUUAGUAUGUCAAAGUAGUCCUGUAGAAGACUUUUUUUUCUUCUUUCUUUUGGUGGGGAGCGCAAGACUUGUGGCUGUUAUUUGUAAUUGUGAAGCCCCUUCUUUGUGUUAUUGUCAGUUAAUGUUGCUUUGGGUUCCCAAUUGAAAGCGUUCACCCUCCCAGGGGAACAGCCAGAUGGGCCAUUGAGGAUGUGCAGCAGUAAGUGGUUGCUUCACUCCUAGGAACAAAACUGGAACCAUACAAUUUCUCACGUGUUCUUCCAGUGCACAACACUCAACAAGCUCUAUAUGUAUAUAUAGCUUCUGUCGUUGGCUGUAAUAUGUGGUACCUUGUACUGGGUCACUCCGUAUUUGUUCACAUCACUCUCGCUUCAUUGCAACGUUUCUUCAUAUUUUCUCUCUGUCUCUGCUUUUUUUUUUUUUUUUUUUUAACGUGAACAAAUGUGUGAACGUUGUGCGGCGAAAUUGGAGAUCGGAUGAUCUAGCCUCGCAUCAUUAUUUAGGAUUAUGCUCAGUUCCUUUGUUUUCAAAAACAGUUGCACCUUCUGAGGAAGCAGUAAAUUAAGACACAGAGGUUCACAUGGCUGUUAGCAUGCACAGCACAGUCACCGUUUCAUUGCUUUGGUGCACAAAAGCUAGCAGACGACAAGAAGUGUGCAUGCCGGUGGUGGCGCACGUCUUUUAUAACAUUCUGGGUCUAGCAGUUUGCAAAACAGACGGAACAAUUAUUUCGGGCUCUCGCAUUUCUCGAGAGGGGUGUCAGUAUUACGUUAUUUGUUAUUCAUGUACUAUAACUGGUGACGUUUCUGCAGUUGAAAACUGUAAAACGCCAAUUGGGUUCCCGUUUCUUUUAUAUUUUUUUAUAUCGUGAGCAAAAUGAGAAAUAAGUUGGAAUGUUUUGAUAUUGUUAGAAAUGCCGAUACAAAUAACAGAGAAUGUUUCGAUUAUAGUGGGUGCUUUUGUGUUUUGUAGUAAUCUCGAUAGGGUAAUGGGUAUGCACUGACCCUUGCAGUAGAUUGCAGUAGAUGAAGUAAGCGGCAUACUAGUAGCACAUUCUGGCGCUGGACACAACUGUUCAAUAACAAGCAUAUGUGCUGUGCACAUUCUUUUAUUCUGCGCAUUUGCUGUUCAACACUGCAUGAUCUCGUUGCUAGCUAAUAAUUGUGCCGUGACAAACUCUUACACACUUGCGGUAGGGGGCACUUAGUACUUAGCCUGGCUCCUGAUGUUAGUCUUUUGCGUACCAUUUGCUGAACUUCAGGUUACAAUUUUGGUUGCUUUUUUUUAGGCAUCCUACUGACUUGCGUUCCAGUACAUGAGCAAAUCUGGGUGAGAAUGGCUUUAGGCUUGGAAAGCAUCACAAUGUGAUGUCCCUUUCAACUGUCUCAGGAGGUGGAACACACUGUUAAUGACUGCCACAAAAGACAGCCUUUCGUGACUAAAGAUUGUUCGUGACUGGGAGCCACUGAGCACUCCAUACUUGCAGAUUUUCGAACAAGUUAACUGACAUGGCAUCCAUUCACUGAAGCCUGUUUACAGAAAUUUGUCAUGCUAUUUGAAUCGUGCCCAAACUGUCCAAGCGAAAAAGCACAGGUUCAACAUUGCUCACGUAAUUUGAGCUGUUAUUUUUGUUUGCUUUUGAAACCCAUUUUUAAACCGCAGGCACACCAGCCUUUUCUCGAUCACAGUUUACUUGGGGGUAGCAUUCCCGAUUCCAGUUUAGCAGCAGUUCAUUCCAGUUUCGGGUCAAAGGUCUGGUCAACAUGUGUUCCUUUUCUUCUUGACUGUUUCUGAGUGCUCAGGGCUCCCUGCCCGUUCGGACCAACAUCAAAUUUCCCUGGAUGUCGUCUUUUUGUGUCUGCCUUUAGCCUUUACAAUGUGCAUUGCUUUUUUCAUCAGCAUCACGCGAACACAGUCACAUGUUCACAGCAGCUGACGUAGUAACUCGAUUGAUGCCGUGGUACCUCUACAGCUUGUGCAAGACUCAUGUUUCUGUGACUGGAAAGAGCAGAUAAACCAUGUUUGAGGGGACGGGCCGGUGACUUUAAAUUGCUUCUCUGUCGAGCCAGCCGAACAGUUGUGAUUCGUGCCAAGCAUUCAGUGAUGUAGCUUUGUAGGGGGCCAGUCAUUUUUUUUUAGCACCAGUUGUGAUUAGCUUCUGUACCUCAGAAAACGCACUCGUCAUAAAUGAGCCAAAGAGUUUCUUUUUCCCCGGUGUAGAGUGUUGGAUGACCGCGGGAGGAAAUUUCGUGCAGAAUCUGUGUUGAAAUGUUAGCAGCCUGCCACGACGUACAAGAAAAUGAAAAGUUGAAAACGAAAA